AUGAGCGUGGAUGCUUUGGGAAGCCCCGUGAUGGACCCUACGUUCUCCAAACGGAACACGGCGCUGAGAUUAGUUGACUUGGCAGGGGCUCACCACCAUCACCAUCAUCACCACCAUACCCCUCAGAGCGUGACAGGCUUCCCGGGGUUCAGCAGCCAUCCACACUCAAUGGCUCACUCGCACCCUGGGGAGAUUACUGCGGAACCCCGCCUGGGGCCGAGUCCAUUCGGGCCAGAACACAUGGGGCACUCCGCGGCCCUCAAAAUCAGCCCAGCCCAUCAUUAUCCCCACCACCAUCACCACCACCACAAUCAUCAUAUGGCAGGCCACAGUGAAGUGGUCUCCAGUCAAACGGGAGCUUUUGGCCCGGUUCAGGCGACAUCGGUCCCUUAUUCCAUGUCUCACACGGCCCAGGCUCUAUCCGCAGGUAGGGAUUUCCUCAUCCGGAGAGAUCUGACGGCUCAAGCCAUGCCAGUGCUGACCGACCAGACUGCUGGUUCCGCGUCUCACCACGGAAUGUUUGUCUCAACAACAGGUAGCUAUCCCGGACACUAUGGCCAUCACCCUGACGCUGGGAACCAUACCCUCUUCUCCGGACUCCACCACGAACAGUCUUCUAGCGGAUCACCGGGUGGCCAAGCGUUGAGUGGACAAAUAAGGUUAGGACUACCUGGAGAAAUGUACGUAAGGUCUGAUCACUUGAGUCAAGUGGCAAGCUCCAGGGCUGAUCCGUUCUCCGCCUCGCCGUUGCAUGGCUACGGUGGUCUGAAUCUGAACAUGAAUCUGAGCGCUCACCACCACCACCACCACGGAGCCGGAGCCUUUUUCCGCUACAUGAGGCAGCCGAUAAAGCAAGAGCUGAUCUGCAAGUGGCUGGAGCCGGAGCACGCGCCGAAGAAACUUUGCUCGAAAACUUACAGCACCAUGCACGAACUCGUAACGCAUGUGACGGUGGAGCACGUCGGAGGACCGGAGCAGGCGAACCACAUAUGUUUUUGGGAAGAGUGUCCGAGGGAAGGCAAACCAUUUAAAGCCAAGUACAAACUUGUAAAUCACAUCCGAGUGCACACCGGGGAGAAACCGUUUCCAUGCCCGUUCCCUGGCUGUGGGAAAGUGUUCGCGAGGUCCGAGAAUCUAAAGAUCCACAAAAGGACGCACACAGGUGAAAAGCCCUUCAAAUGUGAGUUUGACGGCUGCGACCGACGCUUCGCCAACAGCAGCGACCGGAAAAAGCACUCCCACGUCCACACCAGCGAUAAGCCCUACAACUGCAAAGUGAGAGGCUGCGAUAAGUCCUACACGCACCCCAGCUCCCUGAGGAAACACAUGAAGGUGCACUGCAAGUCCCCCCCUCCCAGCUCGGGCUACGAGUCGUCCACCCCGUCCCUGGUCUCCCCCUCCUCCGACCUGGGCCGGGAGCCAGGAGGCUCCUCGGUGCUGUCGGAGCCGGUGGGGGCUUCCCAACCGGCGAAUUUAAGCGAAUGGUACGUGUGCCACAGCUCAGGUGCCAGCGGCGCCCAGACACCACCCAGCGGCUCCUCCACACCCGACCCCACAGACGAGCCACCUUACAGGAACCCAGAACCCAGGGACGCGUUUUAA